AUGGAAAACAUGAAAUUCUACAUUCAAUAUCUGGACUACCAGCCAGUUGGUUUGAGAACUCAUAUUCUCAACACCAAUACUUUUGUCUGGCUUCAAACCCUGUUUACUGUUGGUGACUUGGUUGCAGCAGUCAAACAAGCACUUCCAUCAAAACUUGGUGCUAUUCCUGUUGACGAGCUCACCAUCCAUUAUGUGGUGGAUGGUCCAGCCAUUGCUGGGGAUGUGCUCCUGACCUCCAUUCAGGAACCGGUUGGUUCCUACAACCAACCGCUUGUCAUCAAGUCCAGCAGUCGUAUGGCUGGUCAAACUCAAGACACUGUCAUGAACAUUGAAGGCCCUAAUCCAGAAGCCGUUUACAAAAAUCUUCAUCAACUGAUAAGCUUGGAUGAAAACAAAACUGUUUUUUCCACUCAAGACUCGAUGGAGAACAUUGCUUUGGACCAAGGAAUCCUAAACCUUGAUAUUCAAGGCAUUGACGGCGUUCCCAAUUUCCUGUACUCGGAAAAGAUAUAUUCCGACGAAAAGGAAAUUGGGAUCGAAAUGCCGGUCGACAGGCUGUGCAAGAUCAAAGGCAGAAGCAUUGCCAUGAUCGGUGUCAGUGGAUGCGGAAAGACAAGAACCUGCUACGAUCUAUGUCGACGUAGUUGGGGACUGUAUUUCGACUGCUCGAUUGAUUCUGAUUUCACUGCGAUGACUGAGAAGUUGGCACAGUUGGCACCUGCCAAAAAGACGGACAAGAAUCAAGCAGUCUUUGAAUACCAAUCUAAAAGACUGAUCCAGUGUUUGAUUUCUGCUCGUAUUUUUGUUCUGAAAACACUCCGUGAAACAAAUCCCGAUCUCAAGCCUUUUACAUGGUUAUGCAUUCAAACAAGUAUACAAACUGGUGUACUCUUUUGUAAAAUAUUCAAACAUCUAUCUAAGCUUCCUUGGUCUGCGUUUGGUAAAGUCUAUCAAGAGUUGAAAUCAUGGUUCCUAAAAGACGGUCGUGUUAUAUUUGACGAAUCGCAACAUAUGCUAAAUCUUUUAAAGUCGGGCUAUCGUUCAACAAAACCACAUCAACAAUCCACCACUGCUGGACAAUUUGAUUCUCCUCGGUCGCUGUUUUCGUUUUUGACCAGAACUAUUAUCCAAGAUGACUUCAACAAUAUAUGGCGCGGAACACAAAUGCGGAUCUGCAUUAUGGAUUUGACAUACUCUGCUGCUGAACUCAAACCAGAUAAUAUGUUGAUAUUCACCGACUUCAACUACUUGAAAUCGUCUGAUAUUUUCAAACUACUAUCGAUGUGUCAAAGAAUAUUGACCUUCAAGAAAUCUCACAGUCUCUUCAAGGACCGAAUUGGCCGGGUUAUCGAAUCCAUUGAAAAGGCUAACUCUUGUCCCGUUAAAAUCAAAUCGGUAUCGGAGAUACUUGUCAAAUUGUGUAUCUCGUUUUUGUUUGGUGAUGGCUCGAGUAUGUCGUAUUCGCCAGAGCUUGAUUUGGUUCAAACAGGUCUUGUAAUGGUUUCAAAAGUGAUUGACGGAUGGCACGCUAGAAUGACAGAACCCAUUGUUCUUACUGCAGGAUUAAACUAUUUGGCAGACAAAAAGACUUCAGUAUUAAUGGACUACUUUGCCAAUCAACUGUUUUCACCUGUAAAAGCACCAAACUUGUCACGUUCAGAAAGGGGACAUAUGAUGGAGUAUGUAAUUGCUCUCCGAUUCAUACAAGGCUGGUGGUUACAACCUGAGCUGAGAGAGUAUCUACCUCGAUGGGCUAUAGAUUUGAAUAUCAAAAGACCUACUGGAAUGGUUGAUUGUCGCACCAAUGAAUCGAAUGUCAAUAUGUUUGUACAACAACUUCGUAGAACCAACUUUCCGCAUAUUGUUUUUCCACCGGCCAAUGCUGGACCUGAUUUGCGAUACUCGGUUUUCAGCUGCAAUAUCAAAACGACAUCAACGCGAAGCUCCGAUUCAGCAAUCGCCAUCAAUGAAAUCUGGUUUCAAAAGUGGUGA